CAACUAUUAUUUUCGAAUGUUUUGCAUUUAAAUUUAAACAUAUGGAUUUUGUUUUGCUUGCUGAUGUGUAAUAAGCCAAAAUAUUCUCUUUUUUUUUUCAUUUAUCCUAAUUAUAUUGCAAAUAAGUUUUUUUCUGUUCUUUACCCCUUUGAUCCUUGUUUGGUUACCCAGAAAAUCAAAAAGAAAAAAAAAAUAGUUGUUUGUGAGAGCAGAAUCAUGGCUUCCUUUGCGUGCUAAACAUUCACUGACCAAACUUCUUUUUGUUGUAAGGAAAAAUGAGAUUUAAGAAAGGAACUAAAGUGGAAGUGUUGACCAAAUCAUCACUUCCAUCUGGUGCUUGGAGAUCUGCUGAGAUAAUGUCCGGUAAUGGGCAUUAUUACACUGUCAUGUAUGAUAAUUCUAACGGUACAGAGAGGGUACCGAGGAAGAGUAUGAGACCUGAGCCUCCUCCUCAUCUGCAAGUUCUACAUUCUUGGGCUCCUGGUGACGUUCUUGAGGUUUUUCAAAGCUGUUCCUGGAAGAUGGCUAUCGUUUCCAAGGUUUUGGAGAAUGAUUGUGUCUUGGUUAGAUUACUUGGUUCCUCAGUCAAGGUCAAGGCAGCCAAAUCUGACAUCAGGGUUAGACAGUCUUGGCAAAACAACGAAUGGAUCAUGGUCGGGCAGGGUACAUCAAGAUCAAGCACACAAACAUCAACAGGAAAGUUAAGGAGAAAGGUGGAUUUGAACAGCAAAGACAAGCUCAAUGCAUCUGAUGUACUUUCGAGAAAAGGUCCAAACAAACGGACCUAUUCUUUGGUUACACCACACAAUCAAACUGCACAAGUCGGAGAAGAAGAUAGAGAGAGUGUUGCUUCUUCUGUUGGUAGUUGUGGCACGGACAUGGAUGGUUUAUAUACUACUGUAUCUUUCACUCCCAUAGAAACCGGUGACUCCAGUGACACAGAGUCAUCAUCUUGUCGCUACAGAAGCAAGUCUGGCUUUCCAGGGAAAGGCUCAGAAGCUGCUGAUGUUCAUAAGCUAGAGUUGGAUGAAUACCGACACAGUAUUGAGAGAUUGCACGCAUCUGGGCCUAUUAUAACGUGGGAACAAGAAACGUGGAUCACAAACCUCCGGCUGAGACUGAACAUCUCCAAUGAGGAACAUCUGCUGCAGAUAAGAAACCUUAUCUCUGAUGAUAACAGUACAACAUACAGAUAGCAGCAUUAUCAUUGACAAAUAUAAAGCUGUGUCACAUAGAAUUAAAAAAACUUAAGGGUAAGGUUGUACAAAAGUCGCUCUAUUUUUCAAACAAAGUAUUUGAUUUUUGUUUUGUAAAUGUCAAUUUGAACGAUUCCUGCAA